GCCUGGCCAGACUUGGAAUUUGCGGAAGUCUGCGAUUUGUGCCAUGCCAACUCCGGCUUCAAAUCCAAGUUCAUGGAGGCAAGCGAGCGCUGGAAGGUUAUCUGCCAGCACAACGAAAUGCAGCAGGUGCCGGUUUUUUUGGACGACGCGGGAGUGGUUGAGAAGAACCGGUCCUGCGGCACAUCCAUCUACAUGGAUGUAGGGGUCCUCACUGAGUCCGAAGUCAUUGGCACCUUUGGAGCUAGCCCGCAGUCCCUGAGCAUGACUCCUCUGGACACAGAGAAGCAGCCUGUGGAUCUGCGCAACGAGGAGGGCAUGCCCUUCAAAGAGAAGGUCUUCAUCAUUGGCUUGCCCCCCGACUGGGCGAACUUAAGGAAAGGGAUGCCGGCGGCGGACAUCCUAGCCUGCCGGAAAAUGCGGCUGUACCACCAGCUGGAGCACAGCUACCACAGCAUCCUCUUCGACUCGCACACACAGUUGCACAGUGAGCAAGGCGCCCGGGUUUUCGGUUAUGCGAAGCAGGAGGAGGUGAAGCAGAGACCCAAGAUCGUCCAGGGCGCCUGCCGUGGCCAGAAGCAGCACCAGCUGAUGCAGUACGCGGAUGUGUCUAAGAAGGCCGAGGACGUGCUGCAGAGAAUGUAA